CAGAAUAGACAACAGCCUUGCCUACUGGAGUCAUUUUUCUAUCUGUAUACAUAAGUUAUAGGUUUGCCUACUGCAAAUGGACAACACCAUCAGAAGACUUGGAAGAACCUGAAUAUGUCAGCAACUAUGUAAAAAAAUAUAUAUUUUAUUGACUUUUUAACAGAACCAAAUUCUGUAAGAUUCAAGCUGUGUUUUCAAAAAGUCCCACCGUUUGACCUGCUACACUGGGACUAAACAAGAACACAUAUAGAAGUGUCAGCAAGUUGUAGAACUUCAUUGAGCGAGACUUAUAUUAUCUGGACUGUAUAUGUGUACCUCUGCAUGUAACUCUGAAUACAGCCAUGGGGAACGCAGCUGGAAGUCUGGAGAUGUCACCCGGACGGGACGUCAAACGGCCCCUCAGCACAUAUGGGCAGAAACAGUCACCGGCCCCUAAACUGCCCCUACCACCUGAGGAGGAAUUAGAGCAGAGGUUCAACAUUGUGUUGAAUUCCAUGAAUCUUCCACCUGAUAAAGUGAAGCUGCUCUGUCAGUAUGACAAUGAGAAGAAAUGGGAGUUAGUUUGUGACCAGGAGCGGUUUGAGGUGAAGAAUCCUCCAUCAGUGUACAUUCAGAAACUUAAGAGUUUAUUAGAGCAGGGAGGAGGCAGAAAGUUUAAGAGGAGAGUCCAAGAAUCCACACAAGUUCUGAGAGAGCUGGAAAUCUCUUUGCGCACCAAUCACAUCGGGUGGGCUGAGGAGUUUCUUAAUGAAGAAAACAAAGGUUUAGAUAUGCUAGUGGACUACCUCUCUUUUUCUCAACGAGGAGUCACAUAUGACAUGGACAGCUCUGAAAAUGGAAGCUUUGAUGAGAAAUCUGUGGAAGAUUUGACCCCCAGUGCGACAAACUCCCCUACCCACAAUUCCCCACGCUCUGGACGCCCCUUCACCACAAGGAAAGCUCUGCAAUACUCAUCUCUGCUCAGCCAGAAGAACCACCUGCACCUCUGCAUUAUGUGCCUCCGUGCCAUAAUGAACUACCAGUUAGGGUUUAAUCAGGUGAUGGCUCAUCUCAGCUGUGUCAAUGAAAUCACCCUGAGUCUCAACAACAAGAGUGCCAGGACUAAAGCUCUGGUUCUGGAGCUCCUUGCUGCAGUGUGUUUGGUUCGAGGAGGUCAUGAAAUGAUUAUUGCAGCCUUUAAUAAUUUCAAAGAGGUGUGUGGAGAGAAAAACAGAUUCGAGAAACUCAUGGAAUAUUUCAGAAAUGAAGACAACAACAUUGAUUUCAUGGUGGCUUGUAUGCAGUUUAUCAACAUUGCAGUGCACUCAGUGGAGAACAUGAACUUCAGAGUAUAUUUACAGUACGAGUUUACACAACUGGGACUAGACAGCUAUCUGGAGAAGUUAAAUGACACUGAGAGUGAGAGGCUGCAGGUGCAGAUUCAAGCGUAUCUGGAUAAUGUGUUUGAUGUUGGAGCGAUGUUAGAGGACGCCGAGGCCAAAAAUACAAUAAUAGAACAUCUAGAGGAGCUGCAAGAACAAAACACACAGUUAAGCACUAGACUGCAGCAGUGUGAGAGUGAAGCUGUGGCGAAGACGUCUGCACUCGAGAAACAGAGUAGGAAAGAGGUGGAACUUCUGAAGGACAGUGUGAAGGAGGCACAGGCUCAGCUCUCUCAGCUGCAGCAGAAGGAGAAAGAGAGAGACACACACAGUGAGAAGGAGCAGGAGCGAGAGAGAGAGAGAUUGCGCUCUGCUAAAGCUCUGACUGAGCUGGAGAAGAUGGUCCAGGUUCUGGUGGAUCGAGGUCUGAUCCGCAUGGAGCGAUCCGAAUCCGGCUCUCUGGAAUUACACAUUAUACCAGCCACUGACACAACAGAUAAGAGUAUAACGGAAAUAAAGGCCUCACCUGUGAUGCAGUCUCUGCCCCCUCCUCCUGUCCCCGCCCCUCCACCACCUCCUCCUCCGCCCCCUAUGAGUGCAGCUCCGCCCCCUUCACCUUUACCUGGGAGGACAGGAACUGUAAAGACAGGUGUAAAAGGUAAGAAGCCAAUCAAGACUAAGUAUCGUAUGCCACUGCUUAACUGGCAGGCUCUCAUGGAGGAACAGGUGGCCGGCACCGUCUUCACAGAGCUGGAUGACGAAAGUGUGCUUGGGGAGUUGAAUAUGGACGUCUUUGAGGAGUUGUUCAAAACUAAAGCUCAGUCUGCUCCUGUUGAUGUCGGCACUCUGAAGGUGAAAGUGGCUCAUAAAGCAUCCAGUAAAAUCGCACUACUGGAGCCCAACAGGGCCAAAAACCUCGCCAUCACCCUGCGCAAGGGAGGCAUGAGCACCGCACAGAUCUGCACUGCGAUCCAAACGUAUGAUCUUGAUUUGCUAAAGUCAGACUUUCUGGAGCUGCUGGAGCGCUUCAUCCCGUCUGAUUAUGAGCUGAAGUUGAUUGAGAAUUACGAGCGUGAAGGACACCCCCUGCUGGAGCUGUCGGAGGAGGACCAAUUCAUGGUGGCCUUCAGCAAAACCCAGCGUCUGGCACAGAGAAUCAGCACGCUGACCUUCAUGGGCAACUUCAGCGAGAGCAUCCUGCUAUUAAAGCCUCAAUUAAAUGCCAUCAUCGCUGCGUCCAUGUCAAUCAAAUCCUCCAGCAAACUCAAGAAGAUUCUAGAGAUCAUUCUUGCAUUUGGGAAUUACAUGAACAGUGGGAAGAGAGGAUCAGCAUAUGGAUUUCGACUCCAAAGUCUGGACCUGCUUCUGGACAUGAAAUCCACAGAUCGAAAACUGACACUCCUGCAUUUCAUCGUCAGCAUCAUACAAGAAAAAUAUCCUCAACUGCACAGCUUUCACACUGAACUACACUGUCUGGAUAAAGCUGCACUGGUCUCUCUGGACAGCAUCCUUGCAGAUGUUCGAUCUCUGGAGAAGGGAAUGGAGGUGGUGCGUAAGGAGUUUCUCCAGCAGAAGGACAGCGCUAUCCUCACAAACUUCAUGUCUAAAAACGGCAGUCUGCUGGACUCUGUGGUCAAAGACAGCAAAACUGCAGAGGAGGUCUAUCACUCAGUGGUGGAGUAUUUCGGAGAGGAUCCCAAAUCCACACCUCCUUCUGUGUUCUUCCCUGUUUUUGCCAGGUUUAUCAAAGCAUACAAGCUGGCCGAGCAGGAGAACAAACAGCGCAAGAAGAAAAUCUCGGAGACUGAUUUCGGCACAGAUUUACCCAUCUCUGACCCUCCCAUGAGCACAGCAAUGCCGGCGCUGCCACGCUUCCCUCAGGUGGAUCUGAUCGCAGAGCUGAAGCGCAGGCAGAUGACGCCGCUCGUGAGAGAGGGCAAAGACGGAGCCAUCGAGGACAUCAUCACAGCUCUGCAGGCGGUACCGUUUACGGCCCGUUCUGGGAAGCGCUCGUCUCGUCUGUUCUGUGAUUCAGAUUUGAGGAAGCAGCCGUACAUCAGAGCAGACGGAGGAAGACGAAGCUCCAAAUGGAAACCAGCUCAGCAGCUUCCCGUGUCGUCUGACAUCUCUCUGUGAAACACACACAGCUCAAAGCAUCUCGCGACGAAGCCACACCACACAUGAAGCCAAAAACAGUUUACAAGAAACAUUUAAACAGCUACAUUAAGCUAUUUGUAUAUCUAAAUUAUAAACGUUUAACUAUUUAUGUACAAUAUAACAAACAGCUUGGUGAAUCUCAAGAAACCUGUCAAGAACGUGCUUGUAUAUUUUAUAUAUAUCGCCCCAAAAUUGCAAGAAUAAAAUUAAGAAAUGUGAAGAAUUGAAAUGUGCUUUCAAAAUUUGCCCCAAAAUUAAAAGGAAAAAAAAAAGAAAUGUGAAACAUUUGAACA